CCCACUUUUUGCCAGUGCUCCCAUAAUUUUUAGACUCUCCAUCCGCUCAUACUCAAAUCCAUCAUAUUUAUCGCCCAAUUAACGUACUCAAUUGCCUACUACCACAAUUCAUACGAAUCUAGUGGGCCGUAUCAAUUAGAGCCCCUAUUUCAACUUGUCUCAAUUUAAUUCGGUGCUUUUGUCACUAUGGAUGCUUCCGCAAAGAGGAAGCAUGCUCGGGGUUCCGACAACCGUCCCGUUAAAAGAAGUAAGGGAGGUAGCAAUGGAAGAUGGCAGACGCCACACCAAAAAUCUAAACUUGAGUCCUUAAAAGGUAAAGGCAUAGAACCAGGUGAUGUAGGCAUAUGGACUACAUGUGUGAAGGGCAAGGAGCGACAAUCUCUUGAGGAAUUGUUGAAUAUCUGCGAAGAGUAUGGAGAGAAGCUUUACGCCAUAAAACGGGAAGAUCCUGAUGAGGCUGCAGAGGAUGACGAAGAGGAAGACAUCGAAUCAUCCAUCAAGAAGGAAGUCCAAGGAAUGAAACCCAAAGAAAAACCCAAGGAUUCAGUGUUCGAACCCCUGCGCAUGGAUCUCGAUUGCUUGCUUUUCAUGCGGACGAAGGCACCUAUUAACUCCGUUGAGAUGGUCCGGCAGAUCUGCAAGGAUGCGAAAGGGGUGGAAGAGAAAAAAGAAAGGAAGUCAAGGUUCAUCAACCGAUUUACGCCGGUUACGGCGAGUGGAAAAGCCACUCAGCUUGGAUUGGAGGAGGUUGCGAAGAAAGUUCUAGGCGAACACUUUCAGUUGGCGGGUGACGAAGACGAUCAGGCGGCCGCUCAAACAGACGCAUAUACGGUGCGCCACUCGCUCAAAUCUAACCCCGAAUAUGCCAUCCGUCCCACAUUCCGAGCACACAACAUCCUCAAGCGUGACGAUGUGAUUAAGAAAGUCGCAGACCUGAUCUCAUCACACCACAAGGUCAACCUCUCAUCGCCAGAUAAAGUCAUUCUUAUCGACAUCUAUCAGACAUUUUGCGGUAUGAGCGUCGUCGACGGAGACUGGGAAGAUCUAAAGCGAUACAAUCUCCACGAAAUAUACAUGGCGGCUUCGAAGGCGCAAAGUGAAUCUAAUGAGAAGCCGAAAGAGAAGGAAAAUGCAUGAUUGCCGAGUCGUGGCAUCUAUCGCGUACACAUCGUAUGCAUGGUUAUACCAGUUAAUAAGCAUAUGCAUUUCUUGCUAGUUAUGGGCCAGUGUUCCCUUAUGAUAUAUCGCGUCGUUUAGUAUGACUCGCUAGCAAUAUCCCAUGCUAUGCUAUUGCCUGGUCAACUGGGGCUUUCGAUUAGCCUUAUUAUAGCAAUGGAAAAUCAAC